AAUGUCUCAGCCUCAGGACAGGAUCAUCGCCGGCAUCUUCAUCGGCAUCGUGGCCUCCCUGCUCGUGUCCAUCAUCGUGUGCAGCCUGUGCCGGGGCCACCGCAACAGCCGCGCUCCGCGGCCACUCUCGGAGCGUAGUACUGUCAUCACUACUGUCCGCGUCGACCAGCGGCAGCUUCGGCAGGCCUGCGCCGCCAGCCCGACGGCCGGCCUCCCGGCGUUCACGUACAGCCUGUCGGUGAAGCACAACGUGACGGGCGGAGGGGAGGAGGCGGCGACGUGCUCGGUUUGCCUCGGCGCGUUCCAUCUCGGGGAGACGGUGCGGCUGCUGCCGGCGUGCCUGCACCUGUACCACGCGGAGUGCAUCGACCCGUGGCUGGACGCGCACUCGACGUGCCCGAUCUGCCGCUCCGACACUGACCCGGCCACGGGCGUUGGCCGGCUGCCACCUGCUGCUUAGGCUUUUGCGUGGCGAGGUGCACAGACUUGUACUGCUGCUUUAGAUGUUCGCACUGAAUAGUUGUACAGAGACGAGUGUUGCAUUCGUUUAUUUUGC